AUGGCAUCAGCCUCCUCGCAGUCGCAUCCCAUGCUGCUAGCUACUAGUGCCGCGUACGGCGUGCUAGCUCUCGGCCACACGAUGAAAGGCCUCGAGCAGUUCAAACAUCCCACCAUGAAUACCCUUCCCUUGACCCUUCGUGGCGCCUCCAAGAUUGGCUGGUAUGAAGGCAGUGGCUUCUUCCUCAUCAUGAGCAUUCUCAACUACAAAUGGGCUCAGACGGGCGUCUACGAUAUUUACGACAAGGCCAUGGCCGGCAUCUUGGCUGGCCUCCUGGCCGCUGCAGGCGUCGCCUAUUGGAAAGCAAAGGACAAGCCUACCGCCUUGACCGUGGCCGCUGUGGCCAUUAUGCAGGGUCUGGGCGUCAGACAUGGGUGGUACCAUCGCUUUAACUAG